CUUGAGUCAGGCUGUCUGAGGCUGCAGAGCUGAGAGCACACGUUAUCCAAACAAAGAUAACACCCCCCCUCCCCAAAAAAACACACACUCUCUUCCCUACACAGCACUUACAACAAACUUGCAACAACCAUGACGGCCAACGGAACCAGCGAUUUGGUGCAGAUCCAAUUCGGUCUCAUCAACUGCAGCAACAAAUACCUAACUGCAGAAACAUUUGGGUUUAAAAUCAAUGCCUCCGCCACCAGCAUGAAAAAGAAGCAGAUCUGGACCCUGGAGCAAGACGGGGAUGAAUCCAGCGGGGUCUACCUGAAAAGCCACCUGGGCAGGUACCUGGCCACCGACAAGGACGGCAACAUCACCGGCGACAGCGAGACCCCCAGUCCCGACUGCAAGUUCAUCAUUGUCGCCCACGACGAUGGGCGCUGGUCUCUGCAGUCCGAGCCCCACAAGCGCUACUUCGGCGGCACCGAGGACAGGAUCAGCUGCUUUGCCCAGACCAUCUCAGUGGCGGAAAAAUGGAGCGUCCACAUUGCCAUGCACCCUCAAGUCAACAUCUUCAGCCUCACCAGAAAAAGAUACGCUCACCUGAGUUCCAAGAACGACCGGGAGGAGAUCGCCAUUGACCGGGACGUCCCGUGGGGCGUGGACUCCUUGAUCACCUUGGUCUUUCAGGAUCAAAAGUACAGCAUCCAGACCUCGGACAACCGCUUCCUGAAGAACGAUGGCACGCUGGCCGAGAAGCCGGACAAGAGCACCGGGUACACCCUGGAGUUCAGGUCGGGGAAGGUGGCAUUUAGAGACUCCGAAGGGAGAUACUUGGCGCCUUCGGGUCCCAGUGGAACCAUGAAGUCUGGCAAGAGCAACAAAGUUGGCAAAGACGAGCUCUUUGUCCUGGAGCAGAGUUACCCACAAGUAGUCCUUACAGCUGGAAACGAAAGGAACGUCUCCACCCGGCAAGGAGUGGACCUCUCUGCUAACCAGGAUGAGGAGGGAGAUCAGGAGACCUUUCAGCUGGAAAUUAACAAAGACACCAAGAAGUGUGCUUUCAGGACCUGCACUGGGAAGUACUGGACCCUCACAGCCAAUGGAGGGGUGCAGUGCACUGCCUCCACAAAGAGUGAUAACUGCUACUUCGACGUGGAGUGGCGUGAGAAGAAGAUCACUCUGAAAGCCGCCAAUGGGAAAUACGUGGCAGCUAAAAAGAACGGGCAGCUUGCAGCCACCAUCGACCAGGCCGGAGAGACGGAGGAGUUUCUUAUGAAGCUCAUUAACAGGCCUAUUGUUGUGUUGCGAGGGGAGCACGGCUUCAUUGGCUGCAGGAAGGUGACCGGCACCCUGGACUCGAACCGCUCCUCCUACGAUGUCUUUCAGCUGGAAUUCCACAACGGGGCGUACAGUCUCAGAGACUCUACUGGAAAGUACUGGAUGGUUGGUAAUGAAUCCUCUGUGAUCAGCAGCAGCGACAGUCCGGUGGAGUUCCUGUUGGAGUUCUGCGACUACAACAAGGUGGCAAUCAAGGCCCCGAACGGCAAGUAUCUGAAGGGAGACCAUGCUGGCGUGCUGAAAGCCUCUGCUGACUCCAUCGAUGGCUCAACCCUCUGGGAGUAUUAGAUACCCUUCAGAAACCACUGUGGCUUUUUUUGUUUUAUUAUUAUUAAUAUUUUUGUUUUUUUUACUUUUGCUCGCGCACGCACGGUUUAAUCAUUUAAUGGUUGCAGACCUGCCAUGACUUGUGAACCUUGCUUAGCUUUCGGAACUUUUACUGUGCCCCCUCCCACUGGCCUCAAUACUGUACAAUGUCUCCCAGGGCUUGAGAGGAACGACCCUUUUAGAAAACCUCAAUAAAGACCUGUAGCUAGCCUGGGUCGCGUAGUUGUGUAUUUGCCAUCUUAGUGUCAUUUUUGUUCUUACUGUUCUUGGCGUUGUUCCUGAAGUGAUGUGUGUUCACUUGGUUUGUAGGGAUCUUUUUGGUUUGGGUUUGAGAGUGCGAGGUUAGGUUGAGAGUUCGGGCCGAAGUUCAAUUCCUAUCCUGCAUGUGUCUCGAGUACUUUCACAAUGCAUGUUCAUGGGGAAGAUACACCCCCUCAGACUUGUUUUAAGUUGCCAUUGUAAUAUCUAAAUGCAGCCAGGACUAGGGAAUUAUUGCACCUAUUCAUAUUGGCAGCAACAUCACCGUGGCCAUUGUCAUUCCCUCUACUUGGGAUGCUUGAAUUGAGUGCUAUGAUACGCACACGCCAAGUCUCAUCAAACACCUACAGAUCAGUCAAAAACAAAGAGGCAGAACCGCCUCCACAGACUAGCCUUUGUCUAAAUCAGCCAAGUCCAAAUAACUGGAAAGGAGGAAAUGAAAUUUAAUACAUUGACAAGCUGGCGUGGUAUAAACAAAGGUUUUCUACAGAGAAAGGUGUUGGUUUCCCCAUUUUUGCAUUUCCCAUCCAGUAUUUCAAAAUUUAAAAAGGGCUUCUGUUUUACUGUUUUUUCUAACCACGCCUCUGCAGCGUGCAGUACAUACUGGAAAGUGUUUUAUGUUCUUGCAACAAAGGCCGAUUUUGUGUAUGUCUUGCCAAAUUGAAUUGGUCACACUAUUCAGUGUGAGGGGAGGGGGUGGGGAGUGGGGAGAGAGUGGAUGAUAGAAGGGUUAAAUAAACAGGUGGUGUUGCUCAUACCUAUGUGUAUGUAUAGGUGUUGCUUAUUUGAAUGAUGUGAGUUUUGUCUAGGUGGAAUAUUUGCAUUUGUUUUGACCUAUAUUUGUGUGCCAUAAGAUGUUGGGAUUCAGGAGUUUUUCUACAAGUCCUAAAAACAACCGACAAACUGGAAUUGCUUCAAAGCCAUGAGGUGAAAUGAGAAAUUACAAACCAGGACGAAAAAAAAAAAUACUGUACUUGACAAAUACUACCAUUCCGUUUCUUCUCAUGCAAUGCCCAGCAAAAGCAUAUCGGAAAGAGCCAAAUUAUUAUUAUUAUUAUUAUUAUUAUUAUUAUUAUUAUUAUUAUUAUUAUUAUUAUUCUGUUGUGUGUUUUUUUUUAUUAUUUUUUUUAUUUCUUGUUUUCAAUUCUGUAGGUGUAAGCUUAAAAGUCCUCUUGUUUAAAGUUGACUUCAGUUGUUGCAGGUUCAACACUUUUCAAAAUAAAUAGUGGUACUGGAAGAAAUGACCAGACUAUUUCUUUCAAAGGCACAGGGUUUUUACCUUUUGGUCCUGGUUUUGUUAAUGUACCUAUACUGGUUCAAAAACUGGAAGCAACAUCAACCCUGUUUGAUUUCCCUGGUUAUCAGAUUCAAGUUCAGACCUUCUAUUUUGAUGUUUGUUAUGCCAACAAAAUGUAUGUUACACCGGUUUGGGGAACAAAUCCAGUCCUAUCAAAUCAAGUGUACUGUUUGCUAAACACUUGGGUAGAAGAUAUACACAGUAGCUCUAUGUAAACAUUAAGAUAUUCUUCACUGUCUAAUGUAAGAGGCAGGAUGUGGCACUUGAAGCAUGUUAUAAUGCUAGAUCUGCUUUAGAAAUUUACAAUGUAAGUGGACCUUGUUCUGCAUGCAAUAUGCAAAAUAAAGAACGGUAAUCUGAUUGACUAAACCACUGUCUACACUUUUCGAAUGGAUACAGGGCACCCCCCCCACCCCCCCCAGGGUUCAAGCUUGGACUCAUUCCUGGAUUGAGGUUGAAAGAAAGAAUAACCUGCCGAACAACUCGCCUGUUUUUUUUUUUUUUUUUUUUUUUUUUAAACUGGCGCAAUGCUUGUUGGUGCUAAAUCCUUACCAUUGUACACAGAGCGGUCCUCUGCUCAGCUCUGCUGUUCCAGCUUUCUACUGCUUUGAAAAGCAGGUCCUCAUGGGGACCAGGUCUUGUGGAGUUCUGCCAUCAUUCAUGGUGUAAUACAAUGCAAUGAAACAUGGUUGGUGUUCCAGUUAGGUCUGAUUUGAGAAAGAACUCCACAGUAAGUGUCUCACCAAAGAGUCUCUCUUAGCCCUCUAUGGAGUGCCUUUUCAGCUAGGUUCUCUGGGAAAGCCGUAACACUGUGGGGUUUGCACACGAUCCUCUUACCUGCUUGCCCCUGCUCCACUAGGGCCACUAUUAAUGAGGCGGGAAGGAGGGAUUUAAAAUGUCUCAAAACAUUUUGUGAAGGGUUACAUCUUGUUCAGAGUGUUGGUCGGUUCUUGAAACAUUCCACUCGCGUAUCUUGAAAAGAUGAAUCCUGGUUUUUGUUUUAUUUUUAUUUUUUUUCACUUGAAAGAAACUGUGGUUUAUGGGUUUUUCUUUUUGUUGUAUGUGCCAUUUGUAUAACUUAAAAUAUGAUGUCAAAUAAAAAUAAUUAAGUUUGCAUAUGAAAAAAA